UGUUAAGGCUGGUGUCCGGCGACCAGGCCCGUUCGCAACCAACCCUCAGACCAAAGUCUGAGAGCACUUACUGUGUCACUUGCUGUUUUGAAGAUUAACACCGGCUCUGUGGCGAUUGCUGCAGGUUUGACUCGGGUCAUCGGGGUUCUUGUCUUGUCGAUAGUAACAUCUUUGGAGCAUAAUCACAAUGGUUCUUGCACGUUGGGAAGAGCGGGCGAAAAGCGCCAGGGACUUUCGCGACGAGACUUUGAGCAAAGUCGACCCACCGUUUAACCCUCUCCCCGAUCCUCUGCCAGUGUCGUCUCAAGAACUGCCAAAGAAAUAUCUGAGUCCCAGAGAAUAUGAGCUUACCCAGAAUUAUGAUGCUAUUGAGCUCCUAGAGAUGUUGCUUGUUAAGAAAGUCACUUCCGAAGAAUUGACUCGAGCAUUCCUGCGUCGAGCAGCACUCGCACAGUAUGCCGUCAACUGCGUGACAGAGCUAAUGUGGGAUGAAGCAAUUGAGCGUGCCAAAUAUCUUGACUCGCUUCCUGAGCCCAUCGGGCCGCUUCAUGGGCUUCCGAUCUCAGUCAAAGAACAUCAUGGUCUCAAGGGGAAGACCUGUCACGCUUCAUAUGUCGCCUGGAUCGGGGAGGAUUCGCUCCCUAGCUCGCUGAAUGACUAUCUGUACAACGCUGGCUGCGUUUACUAUGUUCGGACAACGGGCCCACAGACGCUCAUGGCGCUUGAAUGCAACAAUAACAUCUACGGUCGAACGGUUAACCCCUGGAACCGAAAUUUGACCUGCGGUGGCAGCAGUGGUGGUGAAGGUGCUCUCGUCGGCUUUAGAGGAAGUGUCUGGGGCCUCGGCGGAGACAUUGGAGGUUCCGUUCGUGCGCCAGCAAGCGAUAACGGUGUAUAUGGAUUUAAACCGACCUCUAGACGACUCUCACUGCAAGGGAUGAAAGCCGCCAACAAGGGCAGGGAGUCGGUCAUGGCGACAUACGGCCCUCUCACUCAAUCUCGAGAAACAAUCAAUCUAUUCAUGAAAGUCAUUCUCGACAAUGAACCAUGGCGCCAUGAUCCUUGGCUGACAGUCAAGCCAUGGACGCCCGUGACCUUGACAAAGCCGCUCAAGCUAGCCAUUGAAUGGUCUGAUGGGGUUGUCAAGCCACAUCCCCCUACAGUGAGAGGAAUGAAGAUUGUUGCCGACGCCUGCAAGGCCGCGGGCAUGGAGGUAGUGGACUGGGAACCGUAUCAACAUGAAAGAGCUUGGGACAUUGUGUCCCGAUUGUACUUCCCUGACGGGGGCGAGGACACGCUGGCUCCAAUCAAGGAUUCCGGAGAGCCCGUUCUUCCCCUCACCAAGUUCAUCAUCGAUGAGCAGCCUCAAGUGAAGAAGCUUGACAUUCACCAAUAUUGGGAGCUCUGUAGCGAGCGAGACGCCUAUCGUGAAGAACAUGCGGAACAUUGGAAUAAGACGGCAGAAUCUGGUAGGGAAGUGGACGUCAUUCUCGCUCCAGUCACACCUGGUGCAGCUCCUCUUCAUGACACGGCACGAUACUGGCCAUACACCAGCCAUUGGAACUUGCUGGAUUAUCCUGCCGUCGUCUUUCCGGUCACUCAUGUCGAUGUCGAGAAGGACAAGAAGGAAGAAGGAUACACCCCGAUGAACGAGCAGGACAAGUACAACUACGAUUUGUACGAACCAGAGAAGUGGGUCGGAGCCCCUGUCAGCUUGUGCAUUGUGGGAAGAAGACAAAUGGACGAAAAAGUCAUGGCCGCGCUUGAGGCUGUCGAGAAGGCCAUGGGCCGGAAGUAG